UGUGACCAUACUUCCACUGUUUCCUCCCCCACUUCGGCCUGUUGCUCUCUGGUCGCUUCUCCCGUUACCUCUUCCCAUCAGAAACAAAACUCUCUCUCUGUUUCCAUCCUCAUCCAAAAUUCCCCCGCCCCAAUAAAGAACAAUUGAAGCCAAAAUUCGAGAAUAAAAGCCUAGAGAAGAGAAGAAUUCCGAGAUCAAUAGCGCGUCUAUGGACAUCUUGGCUCUCAAUACCAAGGGCGGAGGGCUCGUCUUGGGGGCGGCGAGGAAGAAGCUGGAGAAGGGGCUGGUGUCCGUGAGACAGAUCGCCGGAUGUAGGCUCCUUGUCGGGGAGGAGGAGGCACCCGUCUUCGGCGGAGGGUUCGAGAUUAGGGUUUCGGCGAGGGGGGCCGUGAGGUUGUCUUCCUUCGGGAACCGGUCUUUUGUGGUGAGGGCCUCGGGCAAGAAGAAGGACCAUAAUAGUUCCUCCUCUUCCGCAGGAAACAAUGAUCCAUCAAUUCCUGAGGGGGAUGGCUCUGAAGGAAUUCAUCCAUUACAUGAUGAAUCAAAAUCCAGUGACUCCAUCCACAAGUCCCAUUAUACAUUGUCUGACUGGCGAGAUGUCAGAGCAAAACUUGUGCGUGAUGAGCAGGUGCAGUUGCUGGAUCCUGAUGUUCUUGCGAAAGGUACAGCCUCAGAUGAGCCAUCCCAGCGGCUUGGUCUAAACUGGGCGCACUCUCUUUCCAUGCCGGAAGCUGGGUGUCUGUUAGUUGCAACUGAGAAGCUCGAUGGAUUAACCAGCUUCGAAAGAGCUGUUGUCCUCCUCCUCCGAUUGGGAACCAGAGACCCCAGAGAGGGGCCAUUUGGAGUCAUUCUCAACCGCCCCCUCAACAGGAAGAUCAAGCAUAUGAAGCCAUCCAAUCCUGACCUCGCAACCACAUUCGCGGAUUGCUCCCUUUACUUCGGGGGCCCCCUAGAUGCUAGCAUGUUCUUACUGAAGACAAGUGGAAAUUCGUCGAUCCAAGGUUGUGAGCAGGUGCUCCCAGGCAUUUUCUUCGGUGCCCGGCACAGCUUAAACGAAGCUGCAGCACUUGUCAAGAAAGGGGUGCUCGGACCGCAGGAUUUCAGAUUCUUUGUCGGGUAUUCUGGGUGGCAGUUCGAUCAGUUGCAGGAGGAGAUUGGGUUGGGUUACUGGGUUGUUGCUGCAUGUAGCUCGCAUUUGAUUAAUGAGGCAUUGGCAGGUUCUUCGUCAAAUCUGUGGGAGGAGAUUUUGCAGCGGAUGGGGGGGCAGUAUUCAGAAUUGAGCAGGAAGCCAAAGCAGGAUAGCUUUUGAAGAAGGUCGCAUGUGAUAUAUCAUCCAGGGUAAAUACUGGAAUCAUUUGUACAGAAGGUGCUUAUAAACUGAACUUUAUAAGAGUAAUUAUUUUCUUCCCUAAAAUUUUAUGUUUGGUUUCUUGUACGUAACUUGGUUUUUAUCAAAUAAAGACACUUCCCCGAAUUAAUUUUGCUGAA